GCCACAGGUAUUGCGGUACCCUAAAACUGUAUAAUGUACCUAAGUUACAAUGAUUUACUGAUGAGCUAUGAUUUAGAUCAUGUAUAUUUAUGUAUCUUUUGUAAUAGUUUUUCUAAAAGUUAAUGACAAAAAAUACUUAACUACAUUAAUUUACAUGAGAAUUGUAUUUUUUGUAGUAAAUCUUUCGUUAACAUAUUACAAGUACCUAAGUAGUGAACAAAUAAAAACUAUGUAAUUGAAACCGCUUGGGGGAUUCCGCAUGUUUUCAUGUAGUUUCGAAAUGUAUGAAGACAUUAUCUUUUUCGAAAAUAGUUUCGAACUUGGUUCCGUAAGUGUGUGAAGAAAUGUAUAAAUAUGGAUCCAAUGCACGGAACCUCAUAAUCUACUAACAAUGAAAAACUAAAAAAAACGUUUGAAUAUAAUUGUUGUCAAAGCAUCUCCUCAUCCAUUUCUUCAAAGAGAGGUGUUCAGUUAGUGUAUCAAAUCAAAAUGUGGUCGGUGAUAUUGCUGAUUCCUCAAAUAGUUUUUGUUGGAGCGCUAAUAGUGGGGUUGUACCAAAAGAACACCAACUCAAUAUGUAAAUCGAAAAAGCGACUUGAUGGGAAAACAGUACUGGUUACAGGAGGAACCAGUGGCAUGGGACUGGAAAUCGCAACUGACUUCGCCCAAAGAGGGGCCAAAGUCAUCGUGGCAUGUCCUUUUGAAGACGAGGGCUACAGUGGGAAAAAGAAAAUCAUUGAAAAUUCUGAAAAUGAAAAUGUUAUAUUCAAACUUCUUGACUUAUCAAAUUUGGCUUCUGUCAGAGAGUUUGCAGCAGAUGUUUUAAAAACCGUAGAUCGAUUGGAUAUCCUGGUGAACAACGCAGGCGUUGGCAGUGACGGUGACCGGAUCACCAAGGAUGGAAUGAACUUCAUCAUGCAAGUCAAUUAUUUUGGUUCAUUUUUACUGACUAUUUUACUCUUGCCACUUCUAAAGAAAACUGGUACUUCUGACGAACCAAGUAGGAUUGUAAACACUGCAUCCGUUUUACACAGAAUAGGGUGUCUGAACUUCAAUCACUGGAAUGAACCACAGAAAAAUUUCCCCGCAUACGCUAAUAGUAAGUUGUGUGUUAUAUUAUUUACUCGGGAACUAGCUAAGAGACUAGAAAAUAGCAAUGUAGUUGUGAAUGCGGUGGAUCCCGGUGCGGUAGGCACGGAUAUCUUUAAAGCUUCAUAUGCUAAUAUAUUUUCGAGUUUCGGAGUUGUUUUAUCCUUUAUACUCUUCACACUAUUCAAACAGCCAUGGGAGGGCGCCCAAACAGCUAUAUACGCCGCAUUGAGUAGGAGUGCUGGUAAAGCUAAUGGUGAAUUAUUUAAGAACUGUAAAAUGACAAGGCCUUCUAGAAAAUGCUACAAUGAAAAGUUAGCUAAAAAUCUUUGGGAAGAAUCAGCCAAACUUGUCAAACUAAAUGAGAGUACAUUAAGUACCUAGUUAAUUAUUUAUGUCAAAUAAAGUCAUCAUGUUAUGUUAAAAUCAACACAAAAUAGGAACUUUCAGAAUAUAAAAGAGAGAAAAAAGAAGAACGAUUACAGAGAGAAAAGAGAAUCAGCCAUCGAACGGAGAUUCUGGUGCUAACACCUAAGAAGUAACAAGUAUCAAAACUUGACUAAAUGCAAUGGUGAGAAUGACGAUAUCAAAGUUUCAGAAGUUCAUCUUUGUAAAAAACAAUGUCGUAGAACAGGUGCGUGCAUACUGUUCCAAUCUUGCAUAUCAAGUAGCCGAUUUACAUUUCUGACGAUUUUAAAAGAAUGGUGAUUGGUGAUACUUUUUAAGACAAAAACGUGAAUAAACGAAUACUUUUUUCUUCUUAAGGUCUAUACUGUUCUGUUGUGAUUUUUAUUUUAUUUUAACUACUUUAAACAUGUUUUUUUUAUUUUAUAGUUUUAUAGUACUAUGGUAAUAAUAAGGUAGUGGCCUAAUUAACUAUUUUCCAUUAUUUGCACGCAAUAUAAGAUUGUAAAAAAUAGGUACUAGUUAUAGAAAAGUAAUUAGGUGCUUAAUCUCUCAGCCGUUAUCAUUGUUCCGAGCCUAUAAUUGUAUUGUCUAACAAGUCUUCAAAGUUCCACUGGAAUCUCGUAGAACUGUUAUUAAUUUGUUUCAAAAUAAAUGGUACUUAUUUAUUUCUACCUUUAGGUUUUGUUUCAUAUUAGAAUCUCAAAAAUCAUAACGCCUUUAUUAAAAUAUACAAGCCCAAAAUUCUAAAUUCUAAAUAUUUGAAACACCGAUUAUUAAAAAAAUAUAUUUCCAUUACCUUAUCGUCGAAUAGGUAAAACUCACAUCUUAUUACGGAAUACUUCAUACCUGACUUUAAACUUAGCCUAAUAUAUUUUAUAAGUUCAAAAUAUUCUAGAUAUUCAACUAACUCUUGUUAGCAUCAUAGAUUUAGAAGGGCGCGCGGUCCCGGUUAGCAUAGUUUGAAGCUUCUUGUAUGUCAAAAGCUAACCUAAAAAAACCUACGUUUUUGAGAUUCUAAUAUGGUAUAUAUACCUACCUAUGUUUAUGUACUAUUGGCAACUGAGAUAUAUAAUUGGCUAUUAAUGAUGUACAGAUUUAGGUUAGAUUAAUUUCAAGCAUUUGUUGUGUACUGUUAAUUUGAGAAUGACCUGGCCUGUAAGAAUUUUAUGACUUUUACACGUACUUAUACUUAGUUAAUUAUAUAUUUAAGUAUGUAACAUUUAUUAUACUUUUAUUUAUUCGUUAUUAAGUACACGAUACUGCUGGUUUGUGUCGUGAUGUAUCUAGCACAGACAUUUAAUUUAUCUAGAGUAGAUUAUUAAAUUUAUGUGAUA